AUGGGACAAACUACCUAUACUAAAACCAUUUUAAACAAGUUUGGAAUGAAGAAUUUCAAACAAGUGGGAACACCUGUUGAAUCGUGCUCGAAGCAUAUGAAAUGCACAGAGGACAGUGAAAUGUUUGAUAUACACAACUAUCAGUCAACAUUUGGUAGUUUACUCUAUGUAGUUUACACUUGGACAGCAGUAAAGAGAAUUUUCCGAUAUCUGAAAGGAACAUUCGAUUAUGGCUUACAUUACACACCCGAAACAAGUUUGGACUGCGUUAGAUUUUCAGAUGCAGAUUGGGGUGGAGAUAUUAACGAUAGAAAAUCAACGUCCGGAUAUAUUUUUAUAAUGAACGGUGCUGCAGUCAGUUGGAAAAGCAAGAAACAAAGCUGUGUAGCAUUGUCGACUGCAGAAGCUGAAUAUAUAGCCUUGAGAUCAGCUGUUCAAGAAGCAAUUUGA